GUGUGUCCAGUAGCUCCAGGGCUCCGGAAAGUUAGGACUGAACCUAUCCCAACAUCUAAUAAUGGGGCCCUGUAACCUGGGAGUCCUGGAGAGCCGCCCUUAGGGCGCCAGGUUGCCGGCCUCUGCUCUUUCUUCCUCUCCAAAAUUGAAGAUCUCCUUCCUGUGUCCUCAAACUUACUACUGCCUGAGGUGCCAUGGCCCCCAAGCCAGGGGCUGAGUGGAGUACAGCCCUGUCCAACCUGGUGCUGGGCGUGGUGUCUCUGCACGCAGCUGUGAGCACUGCCCAGGCAAGUCGAGGGGCUGCCGCUGGCUUCCUGCUCCAGGUCUUGGCUGCUGCCACCAUGCUCGCCCCAGGGCUGGGUACACAUGAAGACUGUCUUGCUGGAGCCUGGGUGGCCACUGUCAUCGGCUUGCCCCUUCUGGCCUUCGAUUUCCACUGGUGUACUAAUGGUCACUUGAUGUGCGCUGGCUGUUUUAUCCACCUACUAGCAGAUGCCCGGCUGAAGGAGGAGCAGGCCACAUGCCCCAAUUGUCGUUGUGAGAUCAGUAAGAGCCUCUGCUGCCGGAACCUGGCUGUGGAGAAAGCCGUGAGUGAGCUGCCCUCAGAAUGUGGCUUCUGCCUGCGCCAGUUUCCCCGCUCCCUCCUGGAGAGGCACCAGAAAGAGGAAUGUCAGGACAGGGUGACCCAGUGCAAGUACAAGCGCAUUGGCUGCCCGUGGCAUGGCCCGUUCCAUGAGCUGACAGUACACGAGGCUGCAUGUGCCCACCCAACUAAGACGGGCAAUGAGCUGAUGGAGAUCCUGGAUGAGAUGGACCAGAGCCACCGCAAGGAGAUGCAGCUCUACAACAGCAUCUUCAGCCUGCUCAGCUUUGAGAAGAUUGGCUACACAGAGGUCCAGUUCCGGCCGUACCGCACAGAUGACUUCAUCACGCGCCUGUACUAUGAGACGCCAAGGUUCACAGUGCUGAACCAGACAUGGGUCCUGAAGGCUCGUGUGAACGACUCAGAGCGCAACCCCAACCUGUCAUGCAAGCGCACACUCUCCUUUCAGCUCCUCCUCAAGAGCAAGGUUACAGCGCCUCUGGAGUGCUCCUUCUUGCUGCUUAAGGGCCCCUAUGAUGACGUGAGAAUCAGUCCUGUCAUCUACCACUUUGUCUUCACCAAUGAGAGCAACGAGACAGACUACGUGCCGCUGCCCAUCAUCGACUCCGUGGAGUGCAACAAGCUGCUGGCUGCCAAGAACAUCAACCUGCGGCUCUUCCUGUUCCAGAUACAAAAGUAGGGCGGGGCCCCAGGAUGCCCAAGGAGCUGACAGGCAGCCUACCAGUACUGCUGUCCUGUCUACCCCUGGCCCAGCAGCAGCUUCACACGACUAUCUGAUCAUUUUAGCAAAGGAAGAGAACAAAUGAAACCAAACACACUGGGAAAGUCUGCAUGCGUGUGCGAUGGGGUCCCCGCCUCCGGCUCACCCCCCCUUCACCCCUGCCUUCCUUCCUCCCAAAGGCAGCCGGUGGCUGGGCUGACCCGAAGAGGAGACAGUGCACUGGGCACCUGGAAGCUCAGAGACGGUGGUGGUGAGAAGGGUGAGAGGUGCAGUGACCCCUGCCCCCGCUCCCUUAUGUGCAGCAAGGUGGCAAUGCCUGCUCUGGUUCCGUGCAUGGUUCCCAGCCAGGCUCAGGGGGCCUUGCUGACUUCAGACAGCGUAUUUGAUUGCAAUUAAAAAGGCAGCCUUGUUUCCUAUUUUCUGUUUUGUUCGAGGGAAGGCGUGGCUUCGAAUGGACAGUAUGGGAGCUUUGGUUUGGCCUGGGGAUCAGAGCCCACCACGUCCCUGUUACUUCGCCUGCACGCAUCCCCACAGGAAAGACUCAGAGACAUUGCUACUCCCCCCCAACACUCUGUCAUAGGGUCUCAAGACAGACCUAGGCAGGGUGAUUCGAGCAGGCUCAGGGCUUCUCUGACCAAGCAGCGCUCCCAGGGAGGCAGGACUCAGCCACCAGGGCUCAGCAGAUGUAUUUCGGAAUGCAGGGUGAAUUCUGUCUCUUCCCAGGAAAAAAAAUUAAACUCUUUACAGGCUCUUCUAUAAGUUAUGCAA